CGGGUUAAAGAGAGAGCGGGGCGCGGGGAGGGUGAGCGCUGAGAGGUCGGACGGCUUGACGGCUUGCCGUUGGCAGUGGUAGUAGCAGGGUAAGGAAACGCGACCGGGGGAGGAGGGAGGAGGGGGGAGGGGGGGGCGGAGCGGACAGAAUUGUGAGCUGUGGGUUGAUGUCGUGUGAGAAAGAGCACGGGCUUCAACAGCAUCACCGUCCCCUUCGAUUGCUUGUUGCUUGUCCCCACAGCAUCGCUUUCCCCAUUGCUUGUUGCUUUCCCAUCAGCAUCACCGCCCCCUUUUCUUCCUUCUCCGCAUAUCAUCACCGCGUCUCGUUUGCUUCUUUCUCCGUCGCCAGGACAGGAGGGAGCGCACUUGAAGUGGUGGAGUGAGGGUCAUCAAUUCGGCCUUGGCAUGUGGUGAAGGGGGCCCGGGGAGUAUUGGGUGGGUGGGUGGGUGGGUGGGUGGGAAGAUGAACGAGGCGUGUUUCACGCAAGCUUUGCCCGAUGUCGUCCUACCCCUUGACCCCCCCUUCUCUCUCUGCUCCCGGCUCAAUCACUGAGUGCUGUUUCAUUUCGCUGCGUUGCGUUCUCGGCAUUUUCGACGCAGGCAAUCAGUGACAGGUGGCACCAACAUUGACACGUGGCGCAGGUGCCACCUGUGUUGCUGACGUGGCGAGCACCAAAGUCCGCCUCACAGACGAAUUGGGGGGCGCUCAGUAAUCGCAGUGAUUGAUCGGUUGCAGGGGACGUCCAGCCCCGCUGAUCGGAAGAACCUCCUUUCUCUCUCUGUCUCUCUCUCUCUCUGUCUCUCUUUCUCUCUCUCUCCCCCUUGCUCUUCCUUUCUCACGCUCUCGUUCUCUCUGUCUCUCUCGGUGGAGGGUGUGCGCGGAGGUAAUUUCUUAGCGAAAGGAGACAGGCAAACGUGAAGCUGACUGUUGUUGAGUGCUAAGAGGGAACCGAAGGCGUGACUGAGAGUGUUGUCCCUGGGGGGAGGAGGGGGAGGGGGGCGAGGGCGGGGGGUGCUGCAGUGCGAACCGUGGGCCGGGGGCGAAAAGAGAAAUCGGCGCGCGCACAAGGUGGGGGGUCAGGCGGGUGGGUGAGCAGGAAGGGAGGGGUUUAGGGAGUUGUGUGAAGUCUCAGGGAAUACUCGCGCCACGUUGGAACGAGCACACUCGUGGGUGGGAGUAGGACGGAAGGAAGGAAGGAAGGAAGCGAGAGGAAGAAAGGAUUAUCAGACAAGCGGAGAAGAAGGGACAAGCAGGUUGUCCUAGGAGGGAGCGCGGUGGCGCCGAGAUAGCGAGAAAUAAAGGGAUAUGGCGGACCAAAGGAAUAGGGUGAUUGGACUCGAUCAGGGGUGGGAAGUGUUGCAGCGCGGCAUCACCAAGCUCAUCAACAGUUUGGAGGGAAGGCCAGGCGACAAAGCUUUUAAUUCGGACGGAUGGAGCGAGAUGUACACAUAUGUGUACAAUAUGUGCACUCAGAAGCCUCCGAACGAUCACUCGCAGCAUCUGUAUGACCGCUACAAAGAGUCAUUUGAAGUCUACAUCAAGAACACGGUGCUUCCGUCCUUGCGAGAGAAACAUGGGGAGUUUAUGUUGAAGGAGCUUGUUCAAAGAUGGUCCAACCAUAAGUUGAUGGUGCGAUCAAUGUCUCGGCUCUUCAACUACCUAGAUCGAUUCUUCAUUACGCGUCGAUCUUUACCCACUCUUACGGAAGUUGGGCUGACCUGCUUCAGAGACUUGGUAUAUCAAGAAAUGCGGAAUAACGUCAAGGACGCAGUCAUAGCCCUUAUUGACAGAGAAAGGGAGGGAGAACAGAUUGACCGUACUUUGUUGAAGAACAUUCUUGAUAUUUUUGUUGAAAUUGGUAUGGGGAGUAUGGAUGCUUAUGAAAUGGACUUUGAAGCUGCAAUGUUGCAAGACACAGCAGCGUAUUAUUCACGAAAGAGUGCAAAGUGGAUUGAAGAAGACUCGUGCCCAGGGUACAUGCUUAAGGCAGAGGACUGUUUGAAAAGAGAGAAGGAGAGAGUUGGGCAUUAUCUACAUACCUCCAGUGAAGGCAAACUUUUGGAGAGGGUGCAGCACGAGUUAUUAACAAAAUGUGAAACCCAACUCCUGGAAAAGGAGCACUCUGGAUGCCAUGCGUUGCUCAGGGAUGAUAAGGUCGAAGAUCUCUCAAGGAUGUACAGACUUUUCCUCCGCAUUACAAGGGGCUUAGAGCCAGUGGCAGCUAUAUUCCGUCAGCAUGUGACUGAUGAGGGUACAGCACUGGUAAAGCAGGCUGAAGAGGCUGCAAGCAACAAGAAGGCAGAGAAGAAGGAUGUCGUUGGUGCACAGGAGCAGGCAUUUGUCAGACGGGUACUGGAACUACAUGACAAGUAUUUGCAGUAUGUAAGCGAGUGCUUCGCGAACCACUCUCUCUUCCACAAGGCCUUGAAGGAAGCGUUUGAAGUGUUUUGCAACAAGGGAGUGGCAGGUAGUACCAGUGCAGAGCUGCUGGCAACUUUCUGCGACAACUUGUUGAAGAAGGGAGGCAGUGAGAAACUGAGUGACGAGGCGAUCGAGGACACUCUUGAGAAGGUGGUGAAGCUUUUAGCAUACAUUAGCGACAAGGAUCUCUUUGCCGAGUUUUACAGGAAGAAGCUUGCUAGAAGGUUACUGUUUGAUAAGAGUGCCAAUGAAGACCAUGAGAAGAGCAUCCUGACAAAGCUGAAGCAGCAGUGUGGGGGACAGUUCACAUCGAAGAUGGAGGGCAUGGUAUUGGACUUGACACUUGCGCGGGACAACCAGUCCCCGUUUGAGGACUAUUUGAGGGAGAAUGUUGCGAAUAACCCAGGAAUUGAUUUGACAGUCACAGUUCUGACAACAGGGUUUUGGCCAAGUUACAAGACGGCCGACCUUGCCCUUCCAGCUGAGAUGGUCAAAUGCGUGGAGGUAUUCAAGGAGUUCUAUCAGAUUAAAACAAAGCAUCGGAAGCUCACCUGGAUGUAUUCGCUUGGUAGCUGUAAUGUUAUAGGGAAAUUUUCGCCGAAAUCAAUUGAGCUUAUUGUGACCACGUAUCAGGCUGCCGCACUUCUUCUGUUUAAUUCGGCAGACCGCCUUACAUAUGGGGAUAUCAAGGCCCAGCUGAACCUCACCGAUGAAGAUGUGCAGCGACUUCUUCAUUCUUUGUCUUGUGCCAAAUACAAGAUUCUACUGAAGGACCCGGCCACGAAGAUGGUCGGUCCCAAUGAUGCGUUCGAGUUCAACGAGAAGUUUACGGACAAAAUGCGGAGGAUCAAGAUUCCCUUGCCACCAAUGGAUGAGAAGAAGAAAGUUAUUGAGGAUGUUGACAAGGAUCGGAGGUACGCAAUUGAUGCUUCAAUUGUGAGGAUCAUGAAGAGCAGGAAGGUUCUCCAGUAUCAACAACUUGUGCUGGAAUGCAUCGAACAGUUGGGAAGGAUGUUCAAGCCGGAUUUCAAGGUCAUCAAGAAACGGAUCGAGGAUCUCAUUGCACGCGAGUACUUGGAGAGGGACAAAGAUAACCCCAACAUGUUCAGAUACUUGGCCUAGAGGCAGUCGUUGAAUGUGCUCGCUUGCUUGGAAGGGGGAAUGCGGCUGCUGCUCGUUUGCCUGUCUGUGUGGUGUGGGGAGCGAGCGACAAGUGAGUGCAGUAGCGCAGCAUGUGCAUGCCAGUUGUUUGUUUGAGGUAUCGUUUGUGUGUAUGUGUGUGUGCAUCAGAGAGAGAGAGAGAGAGAGAGAGAGAGAGAGAGAGAGAGAGAGAGAGAGAGAGAGGUUUGUGGGUGUGGGGAGAUGCAUCCGGGGCGCCAGGGUGGGGAGAGAGGUAUGGUGGCAAAAGGAUGCAAAGCAGGCUGCGGCAAAUAACGGGCCUGUCUGGGAGAGGUGGUUGACAUAAUGUCUUUUGUUUGUUUGUAUUAAAGUAGUAGAGUAACGAGGAGUGAACAUGCGCACUCCUGAGUUUUCAUUCCAUGUGUACAGCGAGGCAUCAGGUUUUUUCCCACUUGGGUAGAGAGAAGGUGCUUCAAUCAAUCAUAUGAUAUGAUCGAAUCCGGCAAGGAGGUGCUGUUUCGCCCGUUUGUGCUUUGCAGUCGUGUCCAUCCAGUUGUGUUGUGAUGAAGAAGUGCGUGAUGUUUCUUCAUUGUUGAUGUAUCGGAAUCGUUCCGAGGUGUGCAAUGCGUUGGCCAUGUGUGUGCGUGCAAGUGCUGUGUGGCUGGUUCCCUUUUCCCUGCAUUUGUCAGACUUGUUCUCCUGUUCAGGUCAUAGUAGGAUGUUCUUCUUCCACGUUAAUUUCUGUCACAGUGCAUGUGAUUCUGUAAGCAUGUGUGAUUGAGGCCUAGAAAGGCCCUCUUCGUUGUAAUUGAGUGGGGGAACAAACGAGUGAUGCGUGCAUUCACAGCUGAUUUAGAGUCCGGUGUGUUAGUGUGCCACGCGCGCGCGUGGACAGAGCGAGAGAGAGAGAGAGAGAGAGAGAGAGAGAGAGAGAGAGAGAGAGAGAGAGAGAGAGAGAGAGCUUUGGCAUUUAAUUUUUGGGUGUCAUCAAUUUAAUAUUUUGGCUGUGAAGGGAGGGGCGGGCCUCGAUGGCCUUGGUGGCAUGUUGUGAGGACUGUUAGGAAGGCUUUGGAUUGUAAAGGACUGCAGAGAAUUUGUCAACUUAGGAACGACGAGUGGGGAGGAGACUCUAGAGAGUUCAGCGAAGGAGAGACUAUAGAGAAUACACAGGAGCCAGAAAAGUUGGGCGCAGUGUCUAUAGACCAUUCUCCCUCUCUCAUUGAUUGCUUCGAGUGUGAGUCGUAUCUGUUGGAAUUGAAUAUGACAGGAUCUGUAGGAUGCGACAGUUAUGCCUGCUCAGUGAUCUCCCUUGCAAAUUGGAGAUAGCAAGCACCCUGCAAAUGUAAUGUGAAUCAGUGAGAAUGACGAAGACCAUAGCAGGUAAGCUUUCUGGCAUAUGCUGUGCAGUAAAUCGCCAGUCUUAUCAUCCCUCAAGUUAUCCUUUCCAACUGGGCUUUGCGUGGUGAGUUGAGUUUAGUGUUAACGAUGUGAUGGCAGUUCGUUGCAAGUACGGAGUCGUGUGAUUUGAUCCUGUGACCUGUCAUCUCCCUCCCUGAACAAGGUCUUUAUUCGUACUCAUGGCCAUGCUGUCACCUUGGAAAUGCCAGAAAUGAAAGUGGGAUUCGUUCCUGGCCUUCUAAGUAGGACUCGCAUUCCAUGGGAGGGGUCUAAGGGCGAUGACGGAAACAAGUGUUCAUCUGUCCAUCAUCUGGAAGCGUGUAGUUCUUUGGUGGGGUCCGAUUGGCGCUUCGGUAUAUAAGCAAGCUCAGCCAAACGCUUUUGAGCAGUACCUGAGCGCAUGGGGGGGUCGAGAGUGGGGAGAGUGGGCAAGGACUCUGUCCCGGAAGCCUCGACUCACCCAAGGUGGGAAUAUUGAGGGACAUUUGAGUGGUGAUAGAGCACAGGGAGC